AACAAAACAAACAGUUAGAAAAAGGGACGCGUAAAAACCCAGGCCAAAACGCUGCCGUUGCAGGCACCAACUUCAGCUAAGGAUUUCUAAGGUUUUAACUGAACUUCAGCCAUGAACUUGAAAAUUGAAAUUGAAAAUGUCCACUUUUGCGGGUAAUCUCGGCUUCAAAAUCUCAUCCAGUCUUCAAUUUCGGGUCUACUCAAUUCCCUGGUUGAAUGGGAAAAAGGCAAUAUAUUGUUUGAAAGAGAGGGAGUAUAGUUCAUCAGUUCCAGUAAGGUAUAUACCUAAGAAAUCUUUGGAAACUAAAGUGCCAGAAAGUUCUCCACAUUCAAAGGGUUUGAGAACGAAUGAGUCUCAUAAAAGUUGUGAUUGGAAUGCAUUUGGAAGCAAGAGUACAAACAAUAGGAGCAGUAUUGUUGAUGAAAAGUCACAAACACGAAGCAGAAUGUUUGAGGAAAGCGUCUUGCAUGAUGAUGUUAAACAAGACCAUGAAAUAAUGGCAAAGUCCUUGGAGGCGGUUGAGGAUAUUCAUCAAGGGCAGGAUAUUUAUGGGAUGAAUGUGCUACAAGUUUCUAAGAGAAUGCCAGAUGCUGAGAAGUUGGCAAUUGAAUUACUUGCAGCAAGAGCAUUUACAGCAGGUGAACUAAGAAAGAAAUUACUUGGGAAGAGAUUCCAUCCAGAUAUUGUUGAUGUAGUGAUUAACGAUUUUCAGAAGAGAGGGUUGAUCAAUGAUGGCUUGUAUGCUGAAGCCUUUUCUCGAUCUAGAUGGUCUUCAUCAACCUGGGGACCAAGGAGGAUCAAGCAAGCAUUGUUCAAGAAGGGAAUAAGCGAAGCUGAUGCAGAGAAGGCAUUAAAACUUGUUUUUGAGGAUAAGGUUGGUGACUUAAACGAUGAUCAAGAAUCCACCCUUGGCUUGUCAAAGCUUUCAAUGGAUCACCUAUUAAUUCAGGCCUCAAAGCAAUGGCUUCGAGGUCGAGAUGUUCCUAAAGAGAAACGUAAAUCAAGAAUAGUUCGGUGGCUUCAGUAUCGUGGCUUCAACUGGGGUGUUAUUGGUUCUAUAGUAAAGAAGUUAGAAUCUCAGUAUCCUCCCUAAAACACCAAAAGGAUCUCACCUAUGUUUUGGCAGGAAUGAAAGAUAAUUCUAGGUUUCGAUGAGGUUUCAUACCCAUCAUUUGAAUUGUCAAAUGCAAGUUGGGGAAUAAGGAUAGGGUUGCGAUUGCUUAUGGCAUGUAUUGGCUGCUGCAUAAGCUGCUCAUCUUAGCACUUUACUGUGCCAAACUUAAUGUUGCAUAAAUCUAUGUUAGUGCCCCUACACUCUAGUCAGGUCGAGAUGAGGUUGACCUUUGCUAGCACAUAACUCCAAGACAAAGCGGCAAGUGGUGGCAUUACCUUGACAUUGAUUGGAUCCAACAAAAUGUUUCAUUGAUUGAGGGCCUGCAUGUAUUUAUCUUCUGCAAAUAUCUGUUUGAAGGAAUUUUCUCAUUA